AUGAAUUUUGACAAAGAAUUAAUGAAAACAGAGCAUUUAACAAGCAUCUAAUCUACAGCUUUUCUAAUUUAUUUAGUCAAAAUUCAAGAUAAGAGCUAUUUUGGUUACAUUCUAAAAUAGGAAUACUAAAAUAAAUAUCACUUAGACGAAUUUAUUGCAAUUGAUAUGCAGUAGUAAAAUGAAAUUAAAUAUAUACGAAAAUUAAAUAAAAAAGUAAGGUAAGGUUUUUAUACCUUUGAGACAUAUAAUUAAUACACUCUUUUAUCAGAACUUAAAUAAUUGCAGGAAUAGGUGAUUUUAAAAAUCUGCUAGGACAUUCUAAUGGCCUUAUUUGCUCUUCAUUAAAAAGGAAUUUUGGGUAGAUGUUUUAAUGUUAACAAUAUAUUGUUUAUUGAGAAUCAGCAUUCAGUUCUGAUGGAAUAUGGGUUUUACCCUGAUUUAGAAUUCUAAGUUCCAGAAAUGAUUUACAAUCAGGCCUAUAAUGAGAAAAUAGAUAUAUUUUUGUUAGGAAGAGUUCUAUUUUACUUGAUGGUUGGCAAGGAUUUGCCAUAAUUUAAUAUGAAAAAUUUAAAUGAGGCUUCAACUGAUAUCAAUUUAGCAAUUGCAUCAACAAAAUAUUCAGAUGGCUUGAAGAAUUUAGUUAUAUCUAUGUUAUCUAUUGAUGUAAAUAAAAGAAUAGAGUAUGUGCAACUAUUUGCUAAAUUUAAAAAUAAUUAACUUUACUCGCUUUAAGAAUAGUUUUACAAAUAGAAUACAUUUAAGAAUCUAACAAAAAAUAUUAUUGAAAAAAGAGAAUAUGAUGAUAUCAUAAAAUUUGAGGAACCGGAAAUCUUUGAAAUUUAAGAUACCUAAGAUUUCGCAAAUAUGAUAAAAGACUAGCAAAUUAAAGUAUCAUACAAUUUGCUAUCGGAUAAGAGCACCAUAGAUUAAUCUUAAAGUAUGGGUUCUUUCAAUCCCCCUGAUUAUGAAGACUAUAACAAAUUCACAUCCCUUAAUUAAUAAUAGAUUAUUAGCAAAGUGAGUGGAACAUAGAAGACCACAACAAUAAAACAGGAUACUGAAGAAAUUAAAAUAAAGAAGACUAUCCUUGAAAACGAAUAAUUCUUAAGAGUAUUACCAUAUCUGAAUUCUGAUCUUACUCAAGAUCUUUUGAUUUGGAAUCAAAUAUAUUUUUAUCUGUAUCGUUUUUCUCUGAUGGAGAAAUUGAUAGAAGAAUUGCAAUCGCAUUUAUAAUGCAAAAAUAAUUACUUAAUUUCGAUUGCUAUUUACGGAAUGAAAAAGGCUGAAUUGAUAUUAAAGAGAGAAUAUCAAGUUUCCUUAGAAAAAUGCUAGAAUCUAUACUAUAUACCAGUAGAGGAGUGGCAAAAAUUUAUCAAUUCAGUAGAGUAUAAAAAGAUGAGCAGUAAGAUAAAAUUUGAUAUUGAUGUGAACUAACGUCUAUUAUUAUAGAAGGAUUAUGUUUAGUUAAAGAAAGUUCUAGAUUAAUACAAGAAUGAGGGAUUGUUAAAGGACUUAUACAAAUUUAUUGAAUAAUAUUUGAAUGAUAAUUCUGAACUGAACGAUUUUGAGUUUAUCAAGCGUUAAUACAGAUAUAUCUUAACAAAUAUUUUGUCGCUUUUUGAGUCUUCAGAGGAUAAAUAGAAUACUUAUAUCAAAUUGCUAAUUAUGAUGUGCAUUUUGAUCAAAAGAGUUUGUGAUACACUAAGUAUUCCCCAUCAUUUCAAGACAAUUUGCAAGUUUCUGAAAACUGAUUAAAUAAAUUCAAUAGUGCAAAUUGAAUCUUUUCUCAAGAAUGGCACUGCAUAAGAUUUCAUUGCCUAAUAUGAGGAAUUAAAGCAAUGCUAUUUUUCAGGUUGAAGAAUUAUUGAUUGAUGAUAUCAAUAUUACAAUUU